AUGCAAGCGGUAAAAAAUGGAAUAUGUAUCACAGUAUACACUCUACUUGCUACGGUGCACGCUAACAAAUGUGAAAGGACUAAAAUCGGAAACGAAUACUACAAACGUCAUCUGAUUGCUGCCAUAGAUGGAUAUCCAACAGGAAUGGUGAUAGACCCGAGAACAGAUAACAUAUUCUUUUUAUUGCAUAAAAGGAAUUAUACUAAAGGGAUUUAUAUUUUACGACAUGGAUCCUUAGGAGUAAAAGAACUGCCAGUAGCUGAUGAUUACAUCGGUCAAUGCAUAGGUGUUGAUGUCGCUAACAACAUAAUCUAUAUAGGAACCAAUCAAGGCUUGGUUACCUAUGAUUAUUCUAGACCAGAUAUCAGCGUUGAAAGACCAAUAGGCGAUGACGAUAUACGAAGCAUCUUCAUUGAUAAAACCGAUAACCAAAUGUACAUUACGACGGGACAUAAUCACGAAAUCUUCAAAUUUGUCAAUGGUUCCGCAGCUGUUAAAAGAUACGAUAAAAUUCCGAAAGCUUACAACUUUGUUUUAGACAACAAGGGGAACGUUUAUUAUGAAUACGUCGAUGGGAGACUAUAUUUCUUUCCCAUGGAUUUGUAUGAGCCAAUACAGUACAAAGGUUUUUCGAGGGAGCUGAAAUACAUACUUAAGCUUAAUAACCACGAUGAAGCGAUUGUUGCCGUGAAGGGUUCUCUCUUUCGGCUAUUUACUAAGAGUAUUUUGCCCGUGAAAAUCGGUCAAUUAGGCUUUAAAAUAACCGGUUUGGCGUUUGAUAACAAGAAUAAUAUAGUUAUAGGUACUAGAGGGAAGAUAUAUAGUUACAAACCGAUAGACACAAACGACCCUUGCCCGCCGGAAGAUUAUUUCAUGACCAAUAUUUAA